GUGCUAAGGACACGUCUGCAUCACCAUGUAUCUCAAAAAGAAGUAAACUUUGAAUGGACCUGAGCCUUCCUCCUUGAUUUCUGCAUUAUCUGAUACUCCCAGAUCCAGAAGCACUAGGGUACUUCAUUUCCUUUUUACUGCUAAGCCACAAAGCCUGCAAACAUGUCACUGGAUGACAUCCACAUGAGCACAGAGGAUUUGAUUGACAAACAACAAUUAGAUGCUGGAGGAUAUGGAAAAAUUUCAUUAUGCCUUCACAAGACAUAUGGACAUGUAGUAUUAAAAACAGUGUAUACAGGACCCCAGCGCACCGAAUGUAAUGCAUCCCUCCUUGAAGAAGGCAGGAUUAUGCGCAAUCUGCAGCAUGACCGGGUGGUAAAACUACUAGGUGUAAUUUUGGAAGAUGGAAACUACUCACUUGUGAUGGAGUACGUGCACCGGGGCAACAUGAUGAAAGUGCUCCAAAAACUCCCAGUACCUCUAUCAGUGAAAGGGCGUUUCAUCCUGGAGAUCAUAGAAGGAAUGCUUUAUCUACACGAGCAAGGCUUGGUACACAAAGACCUAAAACCAGAAAACAUCCUUGUGGAUAAAGACUUCCACAUUAAGAUUGCAGAUCUUGGUGUUGCUUCCUUUAAGAACUGGAGCCGGCUGACCACGGAAGAGACCAGCCGACAGAAGAAAAUCAAGAGCGCUUCCCAGAACAACGCCGGGACCCUUUUCUAUAUGGCCCCAGAGCACUUAAACGAUGUUAAUGUAAAACCUGUGGAGAAAUCAGAUAUUUACAGCUUUGGCAUUGUAAUCUGGGCAAUUUUUGCUAACAAAGAGCCAUAUGAGAAUUGUAUAAAUGAAGCCCAUAUUUAUUUUGGAAUCAUUCGUGGAAACAGACCGGACAUAGAAGAAAUCAUUGAGAAAUGUCCACAGGAAAUUAUUGACUUAAUGAAACAAUGCUGGGAGCAGAAGGCAGAGGAUCGGCCGACCUUCACAGAAGUUAGUGAGAAGUACAUGCCUUUUUACUAUCAAAACCUAGAAAAAAAUAUUGAAGACGAUCUGAAGAAGAUGGAAGAAAUGUGGCCCGAGUCAGAAGAAUUGCUGCAGAGGAUGAAAUCCCUUCAAAUAGAUGCUGUAGUGGUAGAUACUAGUAAUGGCCAAAUAGAUCAACCUAAUUCUCUACACAGCUCCCAGGGUCAGAUUAAUGAAGCCUUGUUUGCUGCCUGCCCUGAGAACCAGCCUGUUGAGAGCUGUGAGACUUCGUUUACAUCCUCUGACAAUCUAGAAAGAAAACUUGAACGUGAAUAUGACUACCAUGCAUUUGGCAGCCGGAUGGAUAAAUCAGUAGUUCCACCAUACACUCCUGAAAUGAGAGAGAGAGAAAGGAGACGAAAAGUUUCCAACGAUUCAUUUGCGAAGCUGCCUUCUGUUUCUAAUUGUAAUGAACAUUAUUACAAAGCUGAAAAUACAGGAUCACACACUAACCCUUGGUUUUGGCCAAAACAAGCUGCAAUACCAAUACGGGGACAUUUCGAUAAUUUUUAUGGGCCAAAUGUUAACAGUCUCCUAACAGGAAACACGGAAGAUCUCUAUGAUCCCUGUUCAACCGGUGCCUUUAGCCUAAGCAAAACUCCCGUGCCGGAAUCUUGCCCAAACCUGGGGGCACAGAGCAGCACAAACCAGCAACAAAAGAAUGCAGACAUGGAUACAGGUAUCAAGGUUUCUGCCUCUUUCACCAGGGGAACUUUCACGUAUUAUCCUCCUGCACCUCCAAUAACCAGAGAAGAUUCAGUCAUGUACAACAUAACUAACAGCUCUGGAAUUCAAAUUGGAUCCCACAAUCACAUGAAGAUUGAAGAGCAGAAUCAACACAUCAGCACUUCUCCUGCUGCUACAGAAGCAUCUUACUCACACUAUGAAUCAAUGGGUAUAUUCGACAAUAAUGCUGUCCUAACUGAGAAACAGCUGAAUCUUGUGAGAGAAAAGUUAGCUAAGCAGUGGAAGCACUGUGCCCGUAAACUAGGCUUCAGCAACUCUGAAAUUGAUGAAAUUGAUCACGACUAUGAACGAGAUGGACUAAAAGAAAAAGUUUACCAAAUGCUGCGUAAGUGGGUAAUGAGGGAAGGCUCCAAAGGUGCUACAGUUGGAAAAAUUGCCAGAGCCCUCUUUGGCUGCCAAAGACUGGAUCUCCUUACUGGCUUGAUGCAAAUGAAUGAAGAAUAAAUUGAUUGAAACUGGGGAGGAAGGCACAUAGGAUAUUUUUACCUGAAGACCUCCCAAUAAUUCUGAACAGACUUUCUGGAGCUUUUUGCACACUUUUCGUCUUUGGAAUGGACUCUUCUGCCAAGCAGUUUUCAGUGAAUACCUCCAGCAACUCAAAAAGUUUGUGUCAAGAUAAUGAGGUCUUCCAGAUGUUAAAAUUUGAUAUUUUCCUUCCGGGAGGGAAAAUUAAAAACAAUAAUUUUCCGAACAUUAGACAAAUGCAUUAAUACUACUGAUUUAAGGAAAUUAAGUUACACAAAAUUCCUAGUCUAUCUUUAAGUAUGAUGAACUAAGCUCUUCUUUGGUUCUGAACAGAAAGUAUGUCAUUUCAGCAAUGCUAAUGGAUCAGUACAAAUAUGAAAGACUGGAUCACUAUUUGAAAGACUUGGACAGAAAGCAAAAUGAACC